AUGUUAGAAAUAACAACAAUUGCAGAGCUUGAUAAGAUUUUUACUGAACAUCACAAAGUGUGUGUCAAGUUCUUCGCCACAUGGUGUCCAUCUUGUCAGAAAGCACUUCCAAUUGCUCUUGAAAUUGAAAAGGAAUUACCUGAUGUGUUCUUUGUAGCAGUUGACACAGACAAAGCCAGUGAGGUAUUUGAUAAAUAUGAGAUACAAAAGAUGCCCAAUUUCUUAUAUUUUAUCGAUGGUGUAUUAAAAGGACAAUACCUUGGAAAUAUAAAGGAUAGAAUAAAGUACAUUUUUAGUGAUCCUCUCUUAUUCAUUUUCACUUUAUUCAAAAUUAGAAGAAUUCAAAUAAAAAUAACACAAUUUAUAUUUAAUCAAAUAAUUUUAUUGAUCAAUUGA